UUCGGGCUGACGCCUUAUGUUACUGGUUGGACGAUAUAGAUGCAUCAUUCUCUAAAACACGUUGUUUUAUGUUAAAUGUCGCAACACAUUCAGACAGUUGUCUAAAUGCGUAAGGGUAAUGACUCUUUCAGGUAAUCCAUAUUCAUCCGCUUUAGCUAGUUGCUUGCUUCACCACCAACACGCAGCACACAAGCUGUUACCCGGAUGGAACUGUCAUGGCCGCCGUCUCUGACCUGCAAGACUAAAGCGAAAAGAAAGCUGCAAGAUAGAGUGAGAUUCCAGAAGACACUCUUCUUUAAAGGCACAUGUCAUACACAAGGUCAAUUUUAUAGAAAACUGUGAGUGGAAACAUGGAAACUGAUGUGGCGAUGCCCGAUGAUCCUCCAGAGAAAGAUGAGGGCAGCAAAGACACAGAAGAAGAUGUAGAACCUUUAAAAGACUGCAAAGACCUUCCCACAAAAGAGCUCUCAGAACAGCUUCCAGACGGGCAGUGUAUUAACCAGGAUGGACAAGAUGAAGCAUCCUCUGAAGAGGCAGGUACUGAUGACUCGCAAACAGCCAGGAAAGCCUCCAAGAAAUCACCUUGUAAGAUGCAGCAGGGGGCUGUUUUCUCCGGGAAAAUACUCAGCUUCUGCUGUUCUGAAUGCAAGGGUGACACAACCUACAGCCCCAAUGACUUACUUAAGCAUUUUCAGGGAUCUCACAAGGGCACCCUCCCCACUUAUCCAUGUGACUUAUGCAGUUUUGUCACCAAUGAGUUCUCCUCCCUUCAGCGCCAUCGCAUUGGCCACCGGAACCCUCAGGUCACAUGUGAGAUCUGUAAUGACGGUGUGCAGUACUCCUUGCUCUUGCUUACUAGACACUAUAUAAUGUGUCACAGCCAAAACGGCCACUUUCGCUGCGAGAAAUGUGAAUUCUCUACAAGAGAUGCAGGCACGUUUGUGCAACACAUUCACCAUCACAAUGAGGGAAGGCACAAAUGUGUUAAAUGUCAGUAUGUUAGUUCUUCACGCAGGGAAUUCCAGAGGCAUCUUUUAGUCCACUCUGCAACCUUCCCCUUUACGUGUCACUUUUGUGGUUAUGGAGCUGCACGAAAAGACUAUCUUACGAAGCACAUGGCUACAGCCCAUUGUGAAGAGAAUGACCGGAAAAACAAGUGGAAAAUGAUGGAGGAGAAACAAUGUGUGACCUCCCCGCCAGGGCUCAAGCUUCUGCUAAAGAAAGGCCCUGUAGCAGGAGGAUCCAGAGAGCCACAGUGGAUGUCAAAACUCCAUACACUUCCUGGUGUAGGUCUUUUGGAUCAAAAUGGUAGACUUUAUAAUCCUGAGAAAACUUUGGAAGAAACCCAGCAGUUUCUUGAAAGGGCUGUUAGAGUCAAAAAGGAAAACAAUAUGUGGAUGAAAAGUGCUGUCAAGACAGAACCUCAAUGCUCAUACCCCUCCUCACCAGCCACACCCCAGCCCAAACCACCUGAGACGGACAGUAGUCAGGGUUCGGGGCUCCUCAAUCCUAACAAUAGCAAUGGAUUAACCGUUCUCAUGGUCAAAAAUAAAAUCUCUAUCCCCCCAAAUUGUACCACAAAAGUCAUGGGGUUCAAAAUGGUAGAUGGCAAAAAACAUUUAGUUCUCAAAGUCAUACCAACAAAGCAAGAACCAUCCUCGCACUGUGAGGGAGAAACAGAAUUGGACUCUCAAUCUACUGAUGAUCAUGACACAACUAAUGGACCUAAAUAUCCAGAUUCUUCCGAUGAUGGAGAGAAAUCAUACAAUUCCCCCUGCUCUGCCAUGUCUUCACCACUUGGUUCUCUUCACAGGCCAGAUUCUAUGGAAUUUAACAUGAUGGGAUCAACAAAGGACCUUGCCAAGCCAAUGAAGAGUAUUGAUGUGGAUAAUGAUAUUGAUGAUGAGUUGCCUAUGGAAGUGGAGAAUGUUGGAGAUGCAGAGCAAUCUAGGACAUGUAACAGACAGAAUUGUACUUUACAACAUAAAAACUGUUUGGAAGAUAUGCCCUUUUCUCAGUGUGAAAGCACAGCUUCUUCCAUGACCAAAGAGUCAAAAACUACUGUGCAUCCGUCAAAUGGAGAGAUUCAUUCUGAGAACAGUUCAACUUUUACCGACCUCUCCACUGAGAAGUCCACUGUAGAGUCCUCACACUUGGACGGACCUUUAGAUUCCAUUGAGAACAAAGCUCCAACUGCACAUUCCACUUUGAGCAAAGCUACAUUUUCAGAUUCACUGACUGGAAGCAACACACCUUCAGAAUCACUGGGGAACAUUGGUGCAACUUCACAUUCCUUUGCUAAUGCAACAACAACAUCUAGUCCAUCGUCUCAGACAAAGCCUUCACAUUCAAUAGAAAAUGAUAUCUCGCCUGUAGAUUGUCCCAAAGAGUCAGUUAUGGACACUGAUUCAAGGAUGGAGUCAACUCAGUUAGAUGCCGUUCACAGUAAGGGCACAUCUGUUGAUGCAACUGUAAACAGUAUUGCAUAUUCACAUUCUACUGUUAAUGAGCCCACACCCCCAAAUAGUGAGAUUACGCCCUCAAAUUUAACUGAGCAUGUAGGAGGACCUUCAGAUUCAGCCAAGGAUAAGGCCACAAUCUCAGAUUCAACUGAUAACAAGGACACGAUGGCAAAUUCAAUUGAGGACAAAGCCACUCCUCCAGAUUCAAUAGAGGCUAGGGAAACUCACUUAGAUUCAGUUGAGGUUACAGCUGCACCUCUAGGAUCUGUUCACAAAGCCACAUCUUCAGAUUCAUUUGAUAAGUCCAUAGUAUCAGAGUCCACUGAAGAGACUGACAGAUUUGAUCCAAUUGAGUCCAGAGAUUCAGAGAUCAUUGCAGAUAAGAGCAGAUCUUCAAGUUUAAUUGAGGAUAGUGCCCCACCUCCAGAUUCAGCAGAAGAUAGGGAUGCUCCUUCAAAACUAGUUGAGGACAAGGUCAUGGUUUCAGAAUCAGAUGAGGACAAUGAUGCAACUGAGGAUUCCAUUGAGAUUAUACCUUUAAGUUCAGUUGAGAAUAAAGAUAGAACUUCUGAUCCAAUUAAGAAUAAAGGCACACCUUCACAUUCAAGUUGUGAUAAGAACACACCUUUAGUUUCAACUGAGGAAAGAGACACAAAUUCAGGUUCACCAUGCAAGAUCCAUUCUUCUGAGCACUUUAUGGAGAAAGUCAUGCUUUCAGAAUACAGUACAGAUAAUAUCAAGCAGUGUAAUAUGAUUGCUGUUGCCUCAACUACAGAUUUAGCUGAGGAAGCCAGAACUUCACAAUCAGCCACAGAGUCGGCAAUGUCUCAAGCUGUCCAUGCUGUGGAGGAGACCAUAAAUGCAAAUUCCAGUGUGAAGGAGGCCAAAAUGGCAGAUCUCGCUACUGAAAAGGCCAUGACCUUGCAGUGUACUUUGGAGGAACUCACACCCACAGAUUUAAGUGUAGCUGAGAUAAAACCGUUAAGUGGAUCAGAAGAGCCACAUGAUCUUUCCGCUUCUGCAAAGGAUGAAGUUGUGCUCAAUGAGGCAGUUAAUGCAAGCCCUGUUCUUGAUACUGUACCAUUAUCACUAAUAUGCAAAAAACCUCCCUCUGACUCAAUUCUGCCCCCUGAUAGAGUAGUUGAAUUGCCUACUCCUCCGCAACUGUCAUUCACUAGCAGCUCAAACAAGAGUUUUAGUGAAAUAUCCGAUCCUGUGUCUAUCCACAGAUAUUCCACUGAUGCAGACACAUGUCAGAAUAUUAAGAACAGUCCCCCUGUCUCUGAAAGACUGCCAGAUAGUGGCGAUUCAGAGACCCCUCUCUCUCUUGCUACACACUCCAAGAGCCAGUCCCCUGAAAGCAGCCAAACAGCUGCAGUUCAAAGUUUCAGUGAGGAACAGAACUCCCAAGAACAUCUUUCUAGCUGUACCAGAGAUGAUGACAAAUCCACAUGUGAAUCGCCCAGUGGUAGCAAAUCCUCAAAAUUAUCUUUAAAGAAUGAAUCUGGUCCUCAUACAGUUCCAGAAACGGACACAGUUGUAUUAGAUGCUGACAGUAAGAUGUUGAAUUCUACAAUGAAUUCGCCUAAUCAGGAAGUCUACAGUUUCCACAACUACUCCAAGGAGACGUCUGGCAGUCUGGCUAAGUCCCUUUUGUCAGAUGAGCAGAAUGGUGGACAGCCUCAUGAAGGUGAGGAAGUUGAUGAAGAGGACUGCAGUGAUCCCAGGCUUUCUGCUGAGUGGAGCUUGAGGCUAGAUGCUUCCCCUCCUCAAACAAGCCGUUGUGAAGAGGAGGAAGUUGAUGGGAGUAAAUCUCAGAGUGCAAAUGAGGGUACAGCUACACUUGAGCGAGUGUCUGACAGUGACAUAGAGGUGGAUGAAUGCAUUGCUUUGGUUGAUGAACCAUCUCACACUUUGGAAAAACAACCCAACAUGCAAAGUACCCCAUCUGUGUCAAGUAAAGUUGAGGAAGAUGCCAUAUCUGUUGGUCAAAAGGGACCUGGUAUCAAAAAUGAUGUAGCAGUCUUGGGAAGAAUACUUGAAAAGCACUCAGAUGCUAUAAUAAACCACCAGCUUGAAAAAGAGAGAAUGGGAUCCUCUUCUGUAGCCUAUGAUUCUGUGAGGCCCACAAAAACCACACUAAAAAUCCUUCAGACACCAGAGGGUAAACAGCAAAUGUUUCUUCAUACUCCAGACAACCAGUAUGCUGUGCCAGUGCAGCUCAAAAGUGCACCUGGUUUCAAACUCAUAACUAAGUCAUCUGCAUCCAAAAUUAAUGUAUCUUAUGUCCAACCUGGAAUUGAGAGAUCAACUAAAACCACUGGGCUUGCAUUAACUCUAAGUGGUGGCAGAAUUGGUGCUGGAGGUCAGCCCUCCAGUGGUGGGGACAAAGGACCUACACAUUUGUCAUCUCUUCAGCUGGGAACCAACAGCAGUGGAGGACAUUACCUUGUUAACUCUGCAUCUUUAAAAAGUCCUAUCUUCCUGUCAGGCACUGUUAAGUCUCCUUCUGGGGAACAGACAACAAAUAGGCCACCAACAUGCUAUUUACUCCAAAGGCCACUUCCCGUUAGCCCAGUCGCUGGGUGUUCUAAUCUUGACCCAUCAGGUUCAAGUUCUCAAACCCAGCAAUCUUCCCGUCAAGUCCUGGCUAUGCCUGUGAACCCAUCAGACAAGACCAGUCCCAUUCAAACAGGGCGACAAGCAUACCUAGUCAGGUACAUCUCUCCUGCCAAAUCAGGAAUACUGCUUAAUAAUGCAGAAGGGAAAACUGCCGGUUCAAACACGCAGUCUAAUGAAAGUGGCAGGAGCAGGAUGUUUCUUAAAAUUGUCAGGAGCCCCAAUGGCACCAGGUUUCUCUCUGGUGUAUCUGGCACUUUGGGCAAAAAGCCCAUUUAUCUGGCAACGGGAGGAGGUCUUCAGUCCCCAUAUUUUCUGAUGUCGUCGAACAAGUCAAUAGUUAAUAUGUCAGCUGGACUGAAAGCCUCAAACCUACAACAUGGCUCCAACCACCAACAAUCCAUGGCAUCACAGUUGUCUAAGACUUUGCCUCAAGUUCAAGAGGAUGGUAUGAUCACGCAUAAAAAGUCCCGCCACCUUCUUAAUCAAACCCGAAUGAGCCAAAGGAAGAGGCAAAGGAAGGCCUUGUUUGAUGACAUGUUUGAGACCUCAUCCAAAGCAAGGAGGCUCUCCAACAGAUCAGAGAGGGAGGAGCCGACAGAGUGGGCCCCAGUGCCUAAGGAUGUUGAAAGGACACUCAAACUCUCACCGUUCAGUGCAUUUCAGCAGAUUAAGGUUCCCCGUCAGAACCAGCCUGUGGUGGUGCUCAACCACCCGGAUGCAGACAUCCCUGAGGUGGUGAGCAUCAUGAAGUCUGUGAACAGGUUUAAAGGCGAUAUCCUCAAGGUGGCGCUCUCCCAAAGAACUGUCCAAGCCCUCUCUGAGCUGAGCCUCUCUGGCGUCCUGAGGCCGAGUCCUAACACAUCCAAGUCUGCCAUGCCGCAUGGCACAGCGAGGGCUAGGAUGUUUGGUAGCACGGUCAGGGAGAGGUUCAUCCUGAAACUGAAGUUAAAAAAGAUGAGCAGAAACAAAUAUGAGGUGGUGCGGAAGUCCUCACCCAGCGGCUCUGCAGAGCAGCCGUCCAGUUUUUCCUGUUGGUUCUGUGGUAGAAUGUUUAACAACCAAGAGGACUGGAUAGGUCAUGGUCAACGUCAUCUGAUGGAGGCAACCAGAGAUUGGAAUAAACUUUUUUAAAACCAUUAUAGAGCCCAUUGAUUGGGACAAAUGCCGUCCUUUAAAAAAAAAAAAAAAAAACUGAACAGAGACAAGGAAAUAACUUGUUUUUUUUUUUUUUGAACGACUGAUAAUCUAUUGUUUUUAAUCUAUAGUUCUCCAUCCAGAAGCUUUUAUUUGAUAUAUAAUGGCAUAGAAAAAAGAGUGUUGUACCUAAAACGCAUUUAUUUGUAUAUAAUCCCUUGUAUAUUUAAAUUUUAAACAUUUGUGUUUGUACAGAUGUGAACUGUGAAAACUGGACACACUGUUUGUUAAAAGUGCGCAAACUUAGAGAUCACUGGCAGAAAAAGAGGGUGCUGUCUGUCACUUUAAUGCAGACUAUUCACAAAUUACUCAGGUGAUUUUCAUAAUCUCUGAAUGAUCCAGUUUGUGUAUUUUUCCUUUAACUGCAUUGAGAACACAUAAUUGCAGUUUGUAGUUAUGGUUUAAAUAGAUAUUUGCCCACACAAUGAGACAUAAAGAGACUUUUAAAUCGUGGUGUAUAAUUUGAUGUAUGUCCCAUCUUUUAGCCUAUAUUUUAAACAAACCUUGAGAGUAUAAUUGUAUGGUUUAUUUGUCUUGCAUUAUGGGGAGGAAAUUACUAAGAAAUGAAACGCUUUCCUGUGGAAACAGUUAGUUGUAAACAGUUAUGCCCGGAAAAAAAAAAUUACACUGUAUUUGGAUGUAUUUCCUGAAGGUCAUUUUAAAAUAUUUUUUGGUGCCAUGCAUCUACUCUGAGCAGAACCUUCACAUGGGCCCAGUGUCAUAUAAAAGUAGCAAUACACAAUUUUUUGCAUUGUUUUCAACUUGUUUGUUUGCUUUUAAAGUCACAUCUACUUUCACUUCUUUUGGAAAUUUAUUGAAAGCUAUUGCUCUUUUCCCUGUUUUCUUGUUGUUGCAAGAGGAGCUAGCAGUGGCGUGAGUUCAAGAGAAUGUUCUCAGAUGCACAUUGUCCAACAAACCUCAUAGGGCCCACCAAACACUAACCAUUAGAUUUUUUUCAUGUCUCAGUGCCUGAGUGUACCUCGAAACCAUUCAAGCUGGGUUGGAUGUUAAUGUGCGAAGCUGUAUGUUAUAACCUCAGCUAAAUAGAUGUUGGAUAUGAGUGGUCUUUUUUCAUACGGUAAAAGAUAGGCAGGCUUUGUUUAAACACAAAGAAAACCUGACUUCCCUAUACAUCCAUAAUGUGUUACUGAUCAUUUUAUGCCACAAUGGUCAUUUAUGUGGUGCUUCAUUAAUUUCUGUGAGAUUUUCAACUGUAUUUCUGUAUGUGUGGGCUUUCUCAGGAUAUACCAGCUCUUUUCAUAUAUAUAUAAAUGCCAACAUGUAAGGUGCUUUCUUUGUUGAAAAAAAUCCUAAUGUCUGUUUUUUCUAAAAAACAGGCCUCCAUAUUUUUACUUUCAUACAACACAUCCAGAGCAGGUUAAUUGACACAAGUAACUUGUCAUUAAGAAAGGAAAAUAAUUCUCUAAGUUAUUAAAUAAGAUCUAUGACUCCUGUGGAUUAGUUUAUCAAAUUUGUUUUAUUUGAAUGUCCUGUUUUGAACAUUUCAGAAAUAUUUGAUUGCUUGUGAAAGUUCAGAAGUCCUUUGGUCAUAAUUAUCCAGUUACAUUUGACAUUAACAAACAGAAAUCAUUCUCUGUACCUUUAGGUAUAGCUUGCAUUUGGUUGCUCAGAAUUGUAUGGAUUUUGGAAGCUUGAGGUGUUUGUGCUGUAGACCUAACAUGAAUGUGACAUUUUAGAACGUUCACCACUGAUUUGAUUCCACAGAUCGCUCAAGUAGAUGUGGUGGUUUUUACAUAACACAAAGUGGUCAUACAGUAAAAUUGUUGUGUUGGCUGAGAGAAGAACAACCACCAUGUACAAUUUGAUCAUGAGUCACUGUCAAUAUAAGUGUGUUUUUUUUUUUUGUUUUUUUAAUUUAUACUUAAUGCUUAAUAUAAUUCCUGGGAUAUGAUAUGGUUCACACAAUUCAUAAUGCAAUUUUCUUUCACUUCCGUUACAUGUGUCUUUCUCUCUUUCCUAAGUCUUCUGACAAUCACUGUAACUGACCGUUGAUGUACUGUACUGUUAGCUUGCAUACCUUGCAAAUAUCAGAAGUCCCAGGUUAAACCUAUUAACCUUUGUCUGAUUCCUUUGGAUUCAGAUCUGCACUUGGCACCCAGAUAAACCAAAUUUACAACUGUAAUAUUUCAUGUAAGGUUGUUGACAUUCAUUGUGGUCUGAGAAACAAGUUUAUUUUUGUAAACAAAGUGCCUAAAAUGUGAUGCACCAGGUUGACACUAUUGUACUGUAGUACCUCCUCUUGCAGUUCUAUCCUGAUUAAAUGUAAAUACUUUGAACU